AUGAUGGCGAAGGGCCUGCAGCAAUACGGGUUCGUCGAGUGCAAGGACCGGGGCAAUAAGGAUCUCUGUCGCUUGCUGUGGCCUACCGUCUCGCGAAGUACUCCAGGCGGCAGUGCAACAGCAAAGGGUCUUCGCUGUUUGCUCAAGAAGUCAGAAGUCGACAUUCCUUUAUCUACAGGCUGCAUUGACUACGUGCCACUGGAUAAGCUCGGUGAAAUCAUCAAUGAAAGCACAAUGUUGGAGCUUUUGGGAAACCUCUGGUCCUGCAGAAAUUGGUCACGCCAGGAUAAAGUCAACCUAGCAAGGGAAAUCUGUGGCAGAGAAGACAGUGAUUCCUUUAGCUCGUUCAGAAGAGUUGUAGCCGCCUUGAUUCGCAUAAGAAAGGCAGAAGAUAUACCCCUUUUCAUACACCAAGAGGUCACAGACGACUGGCUUCCACUGGUCAAGGUCCCCCAUUCAGACCGUUACAGCGAGGAUCCAUAUAUCCUGAAACAUUACGAAACCGGCCAUGUAUGCACUGCAUUCCGCCAGUGGACUUCCGAGGAACGAAGAAAGUUCUUGAAGAUCAGUGAGAAAUAUCUUGCCCCUUUCUUCGUUCAACCGAGACAUGGAGUCAAUCAUUACAUUUUGCACAAGGCGACGAUCCUGCCCUUCACGUACAUCAGGGUUCAGAACAAUGAAGGUGACCAGGGGUCGGAUGACCCAGAUACCUCAGGCGGCUUUGGCGAGGUCCGAUGCGUGGAGAUCCAUCCUAGCCACUACAGGUUUGACAGCAUUGAUACAUCUGGCGAACAGCUCUUCGCCAUCAAAAAACUCAACACCAAGGUCAGAAAGGACUUCGAAGACGAAGUUAGCCCGUUGCUUCGUUUUGCACACCGUCCUGAAAAACAACUGGUGAAACUACUAGCUACAUUUGAGUUGCGAGAGGGAAACGAUGUGACUUACUUCCUCAUCUUUCCUUGGGCAGAUGGGAGUGUUCGUGCCCAUUGGAGAAAUAAUCCAAGGACCAAAGAUCCGGGUUCAAUUUUGUGGAUCGCUCGGGAAGCUGUUGCCAUCGCAGAGUCCUUAGCAUUUCUGCAUCUCGACUAUGCGAGAGAACUGGAUUCAACGGAAAGGGAGAAGUUUGGCAGGCACGGUGACCUCAAAGCGGGAAACCUUUUGGUCUACGAGCAUUCAGCCCAGAAGCAGAUUUUCAUCUCGGAUUUUGGCCUCUCGAGGUUUCACCGUCAGCAUUCUCGUUCGAUGGUACAGCCAAGAGCGACGUCCCCUUCGUAUCGACCCCCUGAAUUUGAUCUUCCACAGGCAACUCUAAGUCGAAAGUCUGACAUGUGGAGUCUCGGAGCUUUUUUCCUAGAGUUUGCAACGUGGUACUUGGAAGGUUGGGAUUCGGUCAAAACUGCAUUUCCAGUCGCUCGAGAAGAGGUUGAUCACCAAAAUAUCACCUCCGACAUAUUCUUCCACCUGGAUGGCAACUGUGCAAUCGUCAAGCCCCAGGUUUUCAACUGGGUAAGACGGCUCCACCAAAACCAGAAAUGUACACAGUACAUUCAUGAAUUGUUGAAUUUGGUCAUGAAUCGAAUGAUGUUGGCCGACAGGGACCUUCGUCUGGAUGCUUCCGAGCUCUGGGAUGAAUUGUCCGCCAUGUACUGGAAAUGCCGGCAAAAUAUGAGGUAUUACAAUGCACCAUGUCCACACCCACGGGAUCCGGCUUGA